CGAGGUAUUCAGUAGUGGUUCUCCUCCUGCAGCCGAUACUCUCCCGCCCACCGGUUCGACACCAAGUCUGCAAGAUUUUUAUACACGGGACCGCCCGAAAAGUGAAGGCUGCCGUUCGAAGACACUCGAGUUUAAGUGAUUUUUCAUCCGUUUCUUAAGAACAAAACUACGGCGCUGCGGACGUUACAAACAUAAUUUCGUCAACGGUGAAAGUCGUCGGACGAGUCGAACUCCUCGCUCGCUUGUAAAGCGAAAUUUUAUUUUAUUUUUUUUUCGGCUGAGAAGUGGUUCCUGCUCUCUGUGCAUGUGACGUCCUCGGAACGAUAUACCGCCCUGCACAUCGAUUUUCUCUAUUAUAAUUGCCGAAGAUGCAGACUAAAAGAAAACUCUGUGACAAACUUAGCAGUAGCUUCUUAAGGAAGUGGUGGAUAGUAAUUGUCUUCUCUCUCUUGAUCCUUCUCAUUGGCCUCUUCGUCGCCGUGUUCUUCACCUCAUGGGUCAAUCUAGUCAUAGAUAACCAAAUCACUUUGAAGGAAGGGGGCCAUGUGUUCAAGAUGUGGAAGAAGCCGCCGGUGGAGCCGGUUCUCCGGGUCUACGUCUACAACGUGACCAACUCCCAGGAUUUUUUGACGAACGGUGAUAAGCCCAUCCUGGACGAGCUGGGACCUUUUGUCUACGUGCAACGCUGGGAAAAGGUGAAUCUGACGUUCAAUGAAAACGGAACUGUGACAUUCCAGCAGCAAAAAAUCUACCGCUUCGACCCAGAUCAGUCAGUUGGAGAUGAAAAUGAUAUGGUCGUCGUUCCCAACAUACCUAUGCUUAGUGCUACAUCUCAGAGUAAGCAUGCGGCUAGAUUCUUGAGGCUCGCCAUGGCUUCAAUUAUGGACAUACUCAAAAUCCAGCCGUUUGUAGAGGUGUCUGUAAGCGAGUUACUUUGGGGGUACGAAGACCCUCUAUUGAAGUUGGCGAAAGAUGUCGUACCUAAAGAGCAGAAACUUCCGUACGAAGAGUUCGGGCUCAUGUAUGGCAAAAACGGAACUUCAAAAGACAUUAUGACUGUAUUCACUGGUGCCAAUGAUAUAACAAAGUUUGGUCUUGUUGACAAAUUUAACGGCAUAUCUCAUCUGCCGCAUUGGAAGACAGAAGAGUGCAACCGACUCACAGGCAGUGAUGGAUCUAUUUUCCCACCACACAUCGAUCACAACACAACGCUACACGUAUUUGACAAAGAUCUCUGCCGACUUCUUCCAUUAAAAUUUCAGAAAGAGGUCCAGACUAGUGGAGACGUUCUUGGAUAUAGAUUUGCUCCACCAGAUGAUGUUUUUGCAGAAAUUGAGAAGAACCCCUACAACGACUGUUUCUGCCCAUCAGGUCCACCUUGCGCUCCCCAUGGACUUUUCAAUGUCUCUCUUUGCCAAUAUGAUUCUCCUGUUAUGCUUUCCUUUCCUCAUUUUUAUCUUGCUGACCCAAAACUUCGUGAAGCUGUUGAAGGAAUUUCAGAACCGGAAAAAGAAAAGCAUGGAUUCUGGCUUGACGUGCAACCAAACAUGGGAGUGGCGUUAAGAGCUCAAGCAAGAGUACAAAUCAACCUCGCCGUCAGCCAAGUUGUUGACAUCAAACAAGUUGCUACCUUCCCUGACAUUGUUUUCCCAAUAAUGUGGUUCGAAGAUGGAAUCAGUGGAUUACCGGAGGAAGUUACCAACUUGCUAAACCUUGCGACAACUGUGCCUCCGAUACUAAAGACUGCUCUUCUUUAUAUCCUUUUUAUUGUGGGUGCUCUACUUUUGGUGCUUUCCAUUUUCUGCCUUAUUCGCAACUCCGGAAGGCAAGAGACGCUGAGUCUAGAAGGCACGGCCCACUACGCCGCUAACGACGACAAAAAGGCCAAGCAGGCUAAUGGGCAUACCAACGGUCAUAAAUAUCCAGACAUAAACAAUCCUGCGUUUGUCGGUGAUCAAUCAUAAUAUUUUUAACGUUGUUCAAUUUAAUUUGUUUUAAAUUUCUGGACGUUGCUAUAAAUUUUGUUAAUGUAUUUAGCAUGUAGUAUUAAGUUUUACAAAAUUUACCAUUUGAAAAACAAAACAGCUUUAGUCUUUUGUUGCAAUAAAUACUAUAAAAACUGAGCAUUUAAAAUAUUUUUUAAUGAGAUUGUUGAAUUGUGAUUGUAAUGUAAAUGAUUUGUUUUAUUUUAUAAAUAAUACAUAUCAUGAAAGUGGUUAAGAGCAAAAUGAUUUAUUAUAGAGUUCUUUUCCUUGAAAAAAAAAAGUAAAUAAAUAAAAUAAUAAUAAAAAAAUCAUAAAUCUAUUUUUUUCUUGUGUAUUUAUUUAGAAAAUAAAAUGCAAUUUGUUGUCACUUAUAGUAAAUAUAUAUCCAGUAAUUGGAUUUAAACAAAAUGUUAUUAAAAUACAAAUAAUAAUAAAAUUAUAUAUGUAUAUAUUUAUGAAAUAUAAACUGUAUUCCGUCCAGUCAAGGGAGUACUUAUUAUAAAUUAUAGUUAACUAUGUUAUGUAAAUAGACGAAGUUAAUAGAUUUUUAGAUAAUUCCCAAACAAAAAGUUGGGACUUUUUAGACAGUGUUUGUGCCUUAUGUUGACUUCCAUAAGUGUUAGUAUUACUGUUAUAAAUAAUAGUUCGUUGUUCAAACAUCGAGGUGUCUGUAAUUUCACAGUCUGUACAUAAAAUAUGGAGAGCUAGGAGUAAUGUCAACCAUACAAUAUUAGUUAAUUUCACAAAAUCAACAUACUAGAAGUUGAAAAUUAUGUUUUAAUUUUAAAUGUUGUCUGGUUGCUACUUCUCCGACCUCCAACCUUGUUAUUGAUGCUCAGUAUAAAAUCAAUUUAAAAAAAAAAAAGUGUAAAUAUGUUAGU